AUGACAAAUGGUCUUGCAAACGGAAACUCAGGUUUAGAAUCUCAAUUUGAGGCUCUAGGUCUUGGUAGAUCUGCAUAUGUUCCUCCACAUCUCAGAAAUGUGCAGCGGGCUGCUUCUUCUCCUGCUCUCGCUGACGAAAACAGCUGGGCUGGUCGCAAUGCAACACCUCCCCCUCAGGCCGCCCGUGGCGGUUUCGAGUCCAGAGGUGCCUUUUCUGGCAGAGGUGGAUUCAGUGGCUCCCCUCGCGGAGGCAUGAAUGGCUGGGCUGGCUCCCAAGGUGCCCCCGCUUCCAACUGGUCCUCUCCUGCUUCCCGCACCGACUCUCCUGUCCAGCGCGAAAGCUUCGGCUAUGGUAUCUGGAAGGAUGGCAAACAUAUCGUCGGCGGCCGCAACAUGCGCAUGGAGAAGGAGUUGUACGGUGAUGCAACCGACCCCUCUAAGCAACAUACUGGCAUCAACUUUGAAAAAUACGACGAUAUUCCCGUCGAGGCUACCGGUGCUGGCGUGCCCGAGCCUGUCCUUUCUUUCACCAACCCUCCUUUGGACCCCGUUCUUUUGGAGAAUAUUGGCUUUGCCAUGUACACCACCCCUACCCCCGUUCAAAAGUAUUCUAUUCCCAUCGUUGCAGGAGGAAGGGAUCUGAUGGCUUGUGCUCAAACCGGUUCCGGAAAGACUGGCGGUUUCCUCUUCCCUAUCUUGUCCGCUUCCUUCGCUCAAGGGCCUCGUGCGCCACCAGAGCAGGCCGCAGGAGCUGGAUAUGGACGCUCUCGCAAAGCUUAUCCUACAGCUCUUAUCUUGGCACCCACUCGCGAACUUGUCUCUCAAAUCCACGAGGAGGCCCGCAAAUUUGCUUAUCGCUCCUGGGUCCGACCUGCUGUUGUUUAUGGUGGUGCUGAUAUCAAUCAACAACUUCGCGCCAUCGAACGCGGAUGUGAUCUUCUUAGCGCCACACCAGGACGCCUCGUUGAUUUGAUCGAACGUGGUCGCAUCAGUCUUGCCAAUAUCAAGUACCUCGUUCUUGAUGAGGCUGACCGCAUGUUGGACAUGGGUUUCGAGCCCCAGAUUCGCCGCAUCGUGCAAGGAGAGGACAUGCCAGGGACUGCCGAUCGUCAGACUCUCAUGUUCAGCGCCACCUUCCCACGCGACAUCCAAAUGCUAGCAAAGGACUUUUUGAAGGAUUACGUUUUCCUCAGUGUAGGACGCGUAGGCAGCACAUCGGAGAAUAUCACCCAGAAGAUCGAGUACGUAGAGGACAACGAUAAACGCAGCGUACUUUUGGACAUUCUUGCUUCUCAAUCCAAGGAUGAUAUGGGUCUUACCCUUGUCUUUGUUGAGACAAAACGCAUGGCUGAUAUGCUGAGCGACUUCCUUAUGGGCAACAACCUUCCAGCGACCUCUAUCCACGGAGACCGCACCCAACGUGAGCGUGAGAUGGCUCUGCAGACCUUCCGCACAGGCCGAACCCCCAUCAUGGUUGCUACUGCUGUAGCUGCCCGUGGACUCGAUAUUCCCAACGUCACUCACGUUGUCAACUACGAUCUUCCUUCAGACAUCGACGACUAUGUCCAUCGUAUCGGUCGUACUGGUCGUGCCGGUAACACUGGUAUCAGCACGGCAUUCUUCAACCGUGGCAACAAGAAUAUUGUCAAGGAUUUGGUGGAGCUCCUCAGGGAGGCCAACCAGGACAUUCCCAACUGGUUGGAGACAGUCGCGCAUGAAGCCAGCUUUGGUGGCGGCGGCUACCGUGGCCGUGGUGGACGUGGCGGACGUGGCGGCGCUAGAGGCAGUGGCGGAAGGGAUUAUAGGACAGGCGGCGGAGGAUAUGGCAGCGGAGCUCCUUAUGGGGGAGGCGGAGGCUUCAACCCUCGCUCGGCUUCUGUCGGUUCAUACGGUGGCGGUGGCUAUGGCGGUGGAGGAUACGGUGGAUCUUCCGGAGGUCAGAAUGGCUGGUGGUAA